UUGUCAUUAUCAGUAGGUUGCAAUUUCGGUGCCGGAUAAAAUUAUGAAACCCCGCGGAUAUGUCCCGGUGCGAAUUCAUUUGUUAUGUGCACCUGUGGCAGGUUUCGCAACACAUGUGACCAAUCGGCUGAUGACAAUGCCCCGGCGGAGGAUGCAAAUCCACCAGAAGUCAUUGAUCAGUUGUAACAGGUGCCUGUUGACGAAAGGUUUCCAGAUUGCAUUGACGACAACUGAACAGGACCUCAACCCUUUAAACCGACACGUACCCGGAGCCGGACAUCAGAUAAAUUUGGUUGGAAAAUGCAAUUUUUGGUGUCGGCGGAUGUUGUUUUCAAGUUCCGCAACCCGCGGGAACCUCCCUCGAAGGACAUUAGAUCAUUGGGACGAAGGAUGCUGUGUUAACAAACUGGUGAACUUAGCGGGGCGCAGUUUCAGCACAUCUGACAGGUCAGGAAAUGCAGUCUUUCAGACGUUAAGCUGCCUUCUCUGAUUAAACCCGAGAUCCUCGGCUGUGGGUGGUGGUACAAAUAUAAAAUGAUGUGAAAGAAGAA